AUGGCUGAUAACGACUGGGACAAUGUUACAAGGAUUGGAAAGAGUGUGAGAGCUGGAGGCGGCACUGCGGUUGAUCGAGAGCGUGUCAUUAAGGGCAAGUCUGCAAUCAACGCCGCCGGCCGCUCUGGAGCCAUCAUCGGCACCGAGAAGAAAUAUGCCAGCUCCAAUACAAAAUCGGCCGUGGAAGGCCAGCACCUGACGAAAGUCGAUCGGUCUGAUGAGAUUGUGAAGCCAAAGACCGUCGGCCGCGAAGUUGCCGCAGCCAUCGUCAAGCGAAGAAACGAGAUCACCCCCAAGAUGACUCAGAAAGACCUCGCAACCAAGACCAACAUGCUUGCCACCGAGAUCCAGGCCUACGAAAACGGCUCUGCCGCCCCCGAUCAGACCAAACUCGGCAGACUUGAGAAGGCCCUGGGCAUCAAGCUCCGAGGCACGGAUAUCGGCUCGCCAUUAACGUUUGGGAAGAAAAAGUAG